AGAGGCAUUCUUACGCACGGCGUACCGAAAUACCGGCUCCAAGUAACCCAGCGCGCAUGAUUGGCUGAAAAGGGAAAACCCCUCUGAAAGAGGCUACUUGCAGUGACUCCAGUGAGUGACUUACAAAACUUGGACCUGAGGAGUCAUUUAUUACCGUGAUCUGGGCCUUGGUCUCAAACUCCUGAGGUACGCCUCAACAGAGCCAUCUGCUGCCGCUGCAAUAAUCAGCAUUCACGAACCAGACAACCAGCCCACCAUGUCAAGUACCAGGAAUCCGGUCAUCGGCCUGCUUGGCGGCGGCCAGCUCGGGCGCAUGCUCUGUGAGGCGGCGAAUCCGCUGGGGAUCGACAUUGCCGUCCUGGAUGAGGAGAAGGCCCCGGCCAAGCAGGCGCACGACACCAGCCGCCAUGUCACCGGCUCGUUCAAGGACCCUGCCCGCAUCCGGGAGCUCGCUGCACAGUCCGACUACCUGUCGGUCGAGAUUGAGCAUGUCGAGACCGGGGUACUCGAGGAGAUCGAACAGCAUGGCGUCGAGGUGAAGCAAACGGACGGGUCCGCCAAAAUUCACAGGCCGCCUGUCCAUCCCUCAUGGAGAACUCUCCGUCUCAUCCAGGACAAGUACCUCCAAAAGCAGCACUUCCUCGACAGUGGGAAGGGGAUCCCCGUCACCAAGCAGGUGGCCAUCGACUCGGCCAACCACUCCUCGCUCGCUUCCGUCGGUCAGGAGUUUGGCUUCCCUUUCAUGCUCAAGGCUCGGAAGGGCAGUUACGAUGGGAGGGGGAACUUCAAGGUCAGCAGCGAAGCCGACAUUGAGCCGGCACUCAAGGCGCUUGCGGGGCUGGACUUGUAUGUCGAGCAGUGGGCGCCGUUCGUCAAGGAGCUGGCCGUGAUGGUCAUCAGGACAGAGGACGCCAAGGGCAAUCUCAAGAGCUGUGUCGCGUAUCCUACUGUUGAGACUGUCCACGAAGACAGCAUCUGCACCAAAGUCUUUAUGCCUCCCAGGGGCGUGCCGGAAGAGGUGUGUAGCAAGGCAAGGAAGCUGGCUACCGACGUCGUCAGCACGUUAUGGGGCAGGGGCGUCUUUGCUGUGGAAAUGUUCGUACUCGCGGAUGGCUCCUUGAUGGUCAAUGAGGUUGCUCCUCGGCCUCACAACUCGGGCCACUACACAAUCGAGGCGGUCCCGCAGAUGUCACAGUACAAGGCUCAACUAUACGCCGUCCUCGACCUACCUAUUCCCCAGACACUAAGCCCUAGGGUCGACUCGGCAAUCAUGCUCAACAUCCUUGGCGGUGCCACCCCCUCGGCCCAUCUCAAACUGGUGGAACUAGCCAGGAACAGCUUCGACGACAUGGAUGUUUAUCUACACCUUUACAAUAAGCAGUCCAAGCCCAGCCGCAAGAUCGGCCACAUCACCCUGACCGGGUCCUUGCCCAUCGAGACACUCGAGGCGAAGGCCAAGCCUUUCAUCGACCUCGUCGACGAGAUCCGUCUCGAGCGCAUCUCCGCCUCUGCCGAGACCCUCCGUCCCAACCAGGACACCACCAGCAAACCCAGCCCCGCGCCAGCACAAACCCCCGCGGCAGAAGAAGAGACGCCCUUGGUGCUAGUAACAAUGGGCUCCGACUCAGACCUGCCCGUGCUCAAGCCGGGGCUGGAUAUCCUGCGCGAGUUCGGCGUGCCCUACGCGCUGGACAUCACCUCUGCGCACCGCACCGCCAAGUACAUGAUGCGCGUGGCCGAGGAGGCGGCCGGCAGGGGAAUCAAGGUGAUCAUCGCGGCGGCGGGCGGCGCCGCCCACCUUCCCGGCAUGCUCUCCUCGGAGACGCCGCUGCCGGUCAUUGGCGUGCCGGUCAAGGCGACGCAUCUGGAUGGGCUGGAUAGUUUGUUGAGUAUCGUGCAGAUGCCGAGAGGCGUGCCCACCGCCACAGUAGGCAUCAACAACUCGACCAACGCGGCGCUUCUGGCCAUUCGUAUCCUCGGGUCGUUCAUGCCCAAGUACCAGGAGAAGAUGAGGCGGUAUCAACUCGACAUGGAGGAGCAGGUCAUUGUCAAGGGAGGUAAGCUGCGCGAGGUUGGAGACAUUGAGUACCUUGCUGCCAAGGGGAAAUGAACCGCGGAAAUGGGGGGAGUGGCAAAAGGGGUUCAGGUCAUAAGAAAGGAAGGCUGUGUGGCGGCUAUUUGCAAGGAGAUAUCAAUACGUUUUGCCGUUGGUUUUGGGAGUCGGGUUUCUCUCGACAUAAAAUCGGCCAUUGGCGCGCAACAUUCCAUGGCCGUAGCCUUGGCUAUGAGUCCAUCAACACACAAGAAUACGCAUCGUGGAUAUGAAACCCAUCAUGUGCCAUUCAACGGCGAAGUACAU